UUUUCAGCUUGGCAUUGAAUAAUCAAAAAGUGAAACCCGUUUACAAAAGUGGUCCGGUGAACAGUCAGGAGUAUUGACCGGAGAUCAAAUUCCCGGCGCCGGUGAUCGUAUCUAAAGCAUAGCGCCGUCAGAAAAACCUCUAAAUUUUGCAAUUGAAUUAGGUUUUCUAACGGCGCCAUGGAUGAAAUUGAGGAGAAGAAGAUGGUAGAAAUCUUUCUGAAAAUCAUCGGUCCUUUUCCGCCUUGUCGCCUUAAUGUUCCUUCUUCUAUUAAGGUACAUGAAUUGAGAAAGAUGAUUGCUGCGAAUCGACAUAUGCCUAUUGAAAAUUUAAGACUUGUUCUGCGAGGAAAUGUAUUGCAUGAUAGUGAAAAUGGAGAUGAUGAAGUAGUCCAACUCAACAACGGAGAUUCACUAAUAGUUGCUGUCAAACCAAAGCCACCACCUAAGCAUUUUCGUGAUGAAUUUGAGGAUGACGAUGAUGAUGAACUGAAGUUUCAGUUACCCCCAUCAAGUAGUAAGUGGAAGAGGAAGCUUUUUUAUAUACUACGUCAUAAACUGAAAUUUCCAGAUAUGCUCUUGAUGGUAAUUUUCUCCAUCAGUCCAAAGGUUUGGGUUAUUAUCAUGACUUGGUUCAUUCUGGCCUCUAUUGCGCGAAGAUAUGAGGUUGCACCUUUAUUUUUACUGGCGACUGGGUUUGGCCUCAUCUUUUAUAAUCUUGGACACCGGAAGCAGGGAGAACUUAGUGCAUAUUCUGUAUUCAAUGAAGAUUUUCGAGAACUUCCAGGAACCCUCAACGCAGAUCAUAUUGACAGAGAUAUUCGGGCAGGCCGAUUUUGAGUCAAGAUUUUCAACAUUCAAAUGAAAACGAAUCUUUUGUCCUUUCCUUCCCUGCCUCGAAUCAAAUUCAUUUUGUACCUGUUGAUGGAAAUACUCAGCUCUUGCCUCCCGCUGCUUCACCUAAAUGGUGACGAUCGUACAUGUGAAAGUCAAAUGAAGUUUAACACCAACGAAGUGAAACAGAAGUCUCUCAAGUAAAUCUUAGGUUUUAAGCCUCUUUUUUCAGGUAUUGAAGUGUUUUGUACUGUGUGACAUAGGAGAAAAGUUCAUGUAGAGCCAGGGGCGCAGCUAGCUUAGAAGUUAUGGAUUCACGUGAAGCCAAUAACUAUCGUUCAGACCUUGUAUAUGUAUUGAAAUUUCAUUAAUUAUAUAAAUAUUUAACUUUAAAUCUUGUUAUAAUUGUAUAUCUUUGAUGUCAUUGUAGGAACUCAUAAACUUCAUAUCUUGAAUUUACAUUUAAAAGCUAUAUGACAAGGAUUACAUUUGCAUGGUUGUAAA